UUGUUUAUGCCCGUGAACUUUAUUCACUGAUGAGAUAACCCAUAGCAGAACUAGCUUGGCAGCUAUCCUAGACCCACAAGACGUCUCCAGGCCCAUUCUCGUGCGUAAAUCCCUGUCUUUCUCUUCUCUUCUCCCCUCUCUCCCUCCGUUGCUGCAAGGCACGGCUCAACAUUCGUCUCGUCAUCGGCGUAUCCGUCUCUAUCAGACAUUCUACCGAACAGAUCCAAGGGUUGCUGGGAGAUCUAAUGCGGAUUUUGCUUUAUUGGCUAUAAGACGUAUAUGGAAGUAGAAUGGCUAUGGAAACAGUUUCUCUUCAUACGCCCCCAGCUCAAGUGGUUGGAAAUGCUUUCGUUGAGCAGUAUUACCACAUUCUUUACCAAUCACCAGAGUUGGUUCACCGAUUUUAUCAAGAUUCAAGCAUGCUUAGUCGGCCAGAAACCAAUGGUGUAAUGACGUCAGUGACAACUAUGAAAGGCAUCAAUGACAAGAUUUGUUCUUUUGAUUACAAGAACUGCAAGGCUGAGAUAAAGACAGCUGAUGCUCAGGAGUCUUACAAGGAUGGGGUGAUUGUUCUAGUCACCGGGUGUCUAACUGGCCCAGAUAACAUAAGAAGGAAAUUUACACAAACUUUUUUCCUUGCCCCACAAGACAAAGGGUACUUUGUCUUGAAUGAUGUUUUUAGGUAUGUAGAAGAUAGUGAACCGCUGGAAAAUAAUAAGGUGGCAGCUAAUGCGAAUCGUGACAUCCCAAUAGCUUCCCAAAUGCCUGAUCCAGAGCCUGUUCAUCCUCCAACGGUGGAUUCCAUGACUUCUGUCAUAGAGGAGGCUCAAAAUGUUGAAGAACAAAAAGUUCAUGAUCCUGUGGAUAAUGAAAGACAAGCAGUUAGUGAGAAGGAAGUGACUGUGAGUCCUGAACCUCAUCUGAGUGAGAAUCACAUCCAUGAAGUUAUUGAAGCAGAUUCUUCUGCCACCCAAGAGUGUGCACCAAAGAAGUCUUAUGCAUCGAUUUUAAGUUCGCAGAUGAGGAAAGGCGGUUCAGUGCCUACGAAAGUUUAUGUACCAGCUAAUACAUCCAGAGUGGCUCCCACAAGGACUGAGAAACAGUCUCUUGGUUCUGUAUCACAUCCUCCAGUGCCUGAGGCAUUGGUGCCUAGUGCAUCUGACACUGUCAAUGCCCUUGAAAGUGGGAAUGCUGAGGAAGAAGUUGAGGGCUACUCGGUUUAUGUUCGAAAUUUGCCUAUAAAUGUGACUGUAACUCAGCUGGAGGUGGCAUUUAAGAAAUUUGGACCAAUUAAGCAAGGAAGUGUCCAAGUUAGAAGCAACAAGCAACAGGGUUUCUGUUUUGGGUUUGUGGAAUUUCAUAGUUUGAGCUCCAUGAAUGAUGCAAUUCAGGCUUCACCCGUUACUGUAGGGGACAGGCAGGCUAUUGUUGAGAUGAAGAGAACCACGACUCGAGUUGGUAGUGGGAGAGGUAGGUUUCCUCCAGGAAGAGGAGGCUUUCGAAGCGACAAUUUUAGGGGCCGUGGAAACUACGGUGGUGGCCGAGGCUACGGGAGAAGCGACUUCUCGAACCGGGGUGAUUUUUCGGGCCGGGGUAGAGGAGGUCCAGGUGGGUACCAGCAAGGAAGAGGAAGAGGAGGUCGUCGAGGUGGCUUGAACCAGAAUACUGUUCCAGCGUGAAAGCAAGCACCAAGACAGCAAGACUUUGGUAAAAAACAUUUUGACAAAAGUAAUUUGUUCUCCAGUGAUCCGAUCUGCCCUGCCCUUGAAACAGUAGAAUCCAGUGCAGUGAUCUAAUCAUAUUUAACAUCAUCAGAAAGCUAAAAAAAAAAAACUUGUCUCGGGGUUGCCUGGGAGGGAGGAGGCAUUUUUGCUGUAGUUUCAAGGUAUUCUUUCUAGAGAUUUUUUUGUGUAGGUUUGAGUUUCUGCCACAGAAUAGAAUGUAACUCGGCUCGGCAGGAUCUUCAUGUCAUUUCCUGUUUAUGGGCAAUUAGUUUUGUUAGUUUUCCUUCUCUAACUGAAAGUUGGGACAGUCUUUGCUGCGGCUGCUUGGAGCGCCAGCCAUUUUUGUUUACAAAUAAUCAAUAUCGUAUUGUUAUUUAUGUUAUAAAUUUGUUUAAAAUAUUAUCUACUUUUAACUUAGAUACGCCUGUAUUCAAGCACAGCAUAGUUGUACAAUUUUAUUGUAAAGAAAAACCCCACAUUUGUUA